AGUGACUUUGCAUUUCAAUUGCAGCAAGAAUACUUCACCUGGCUCUAUAUGUCUCAGUGGUAGAGUAGUCAAGUCACAUCACAGUGUUGGCAGAUUGUGGCAUGUUCUUCUUCGUUGUGUGUCAGAUAUGGAGGAUCUUCUCCAGUCUGUUCCUGGUGUUCUCCCUGAUAGAUUCAUCUACAGUGGAAGUUCUUCUACGAGUACAAAGUGUCCCCUCAAUCAAUGUAUCUAUUUGAUACCAGAUGAAACAUGGGGACCGUUUGCAGUAGACACUGUAGCUGGAAUAUGCAGUGCAGAGAUGGUAAAACAUGAGCAAGCAAUAAAAGAAGUGUGUCCAAGUGUAAAGAAAGGCAUUCCUCUUUCUCAAGUUUUGUCCUCUAAACAUGCAACUCCAGUAAAUCAAAUGGAUCUCCAACUGAUAGCAGUAGAUAUUGGAGAGUCCUUGCGUAACCUAACAAGUAUCAUAUUUGGUACUGACCAGUCUACGUUAUCGAAGCUACAGCAAACCAUUUCUGACUCCAGUUUUGUCCAGGCACCGGCAUUCUGCAUAUUAAGUGAGUGGUUAGAGUUAAGAGACAACCAAUUGAUGGCAUGUGAAUUGUAUGAUGCUCUACUUGUUGCUCGCGUUCCAUCUGAACCUCAAAAGCAUUUGAGUUACUUGAUGUUGCCUGAUGCAGCAUCUGAGAAGACAACUCCACCUGGUGACUCUGACAGGGUCACUCCACUCAUCAAAGAAAUAGUAGCUGAAAACGUUGGACAUCGCUGGCAUGAACUAGGUAUAUACCUUAGUGUUUCAGAAAGAGUCCUAUGGGAGUGUGAACGACAACUUUACACAUACAAAGAGAAAUUACAUAAAGUUUUGUCAGCCUGGACAGAUCAAACCCAACAUGCUACAGUUCAGCAGUUGUUGGUCGCUUGUGAUAAAGCUGGAGUGGGAGGAAUAGUCAGGAGAGAGAUUGAAUCUAAGCUUGGCACAAAUUGAUUAGAACACGAGUCAUACAGAGUGAUAAUCGUAUCCAUAACAAUUGUUGUUUGCUCUGAAAUAAAGAACUAGUUAUCUAUAUGUGGACGGGAAAAGGGAAAUAAGAGAAACAAGACAACACACUUUGCUUGCUGCGAACCAACAGCCUUAUUGUUGUGUGCAGCUACAAUAUAUGUAGAAGAUUAUCAUCCAGGAGAAAUAUCAUCAGAAAGAUGACACAACUGAUUGAAAUUACACGCAAAGCAAUGAUGUAACUGCCCGAGAACAAGGUUCACUUCAACUUGAUCAUCUCUGAUAUUUCAUCAUUGACUGGAUGUGGCAGGAUGUCAAGCAGCCACCAAUACGUUCAUUUAUGUCGACUUGUACAGCAUGAUAUCACACCACGAGGGAAGGACAGACACACAAACCUCAGCCUCUUCUUACAAGAUGAACACUCAUUAUAAUGGAAGUUAUUGUACAAAUAGUGUAUAUAGAAGAUACAGUAAAGACAAAAGUUUAGUUGUUUUGUAUUGAACUGCUGAUAGCUAUUUGAAAUUGAAUCUCAGCUUCACCAGAUAACGCAUCUUGAUCUAC